AAAAGUCAAAACAGCAGCUUAAUACGCCGCCCAGUCUUCAACGGUAGCUGCUUUUACAAUCUCUCUCUCUCUCUCUCUCUCUCUCUCUCUCUCCAAUCUGCUAAGACACACAAACCCUUUCUUAAUUCUCCAUUCAAAUCAAACCAUGAUCUUCAGAUAGCAUCACAUCAUCACACUCAGCUUCCAAAACCAAAAAGGAAAAAAGUCUCUCAUUAGCGGUUACCAAUCCCCCUAAAAAGAAAAAAGAAAGUUGCUGAAGUUGCGUUGAUUUGAAGAAGGGUUAUCAAUCAUAGAUGGAUAGUAGCAGUGGAAUUGAGAGCAAUGGGCGUGUGCCACUUUCAGGGGUUGUUGCAGAUUGUGUGAAACGGUGGUUCAGAGACACUCUGAAAGAAGCUAAAGCUGGGGACAUAAACAUGCAGGUCUUGGUAGGUCAGAUGUAUUACAGUGGUUAUGGUGUUCCCAGAGAUGACCAGAAGGGUAAAAUUUGGUUGACUAGAGCAUCGAGGGUUAGAUCUUCAGUUUGGAAAGUUGGUGAUAAGCAUCCAGGUUAUAAUGCAAGUGAUUCUGAUUCUGAUGAAUUGAAGGAAGAUUCUUAAACACACUAAAUGCCUAACAUUUGAAUGGGUUUAACCGAUGAGAUUUGUUGGGGGUGGUCAACGUCUCCCAGAAUCUUUGCAUUGAGCUUCACAUUCACAACUUACAAUUAAUUCUUGUGCUCUUUUGUUUCAUAGGUAUGCAUGCCAGGCACCUCGCUUUGUAACAACCAUCAUGGAUGUUAUUGCUACUUAACAGUUCUAUUUGGGUUUCUGAUGUUUGUUUGAUUUUACAAACUUCUGUUUUAACGUCUAGAUCUCACUAGGUUGGACUUGGUAUAUCACGCAUUAAGAUAAUCUAUGGUAUAGAUUUGAACCAUGAAAGAGUAGCAUCCACCAUCGUUCAAAUAAUCAUACCAUUGGAUUACUUUAAUACAUGAUAUAGUAAGUUUUGUUCGGUGUAUCAUGGCAGUGUUCUUUGUUUCUAUGACCUACCCAGAAUCUUUGCAUUGAGCUUCACAUUCACAACUUACAAUUAAUUCUUGUGCUCUUUUGUUUCAUAGGUAUGCAUGCCAGGCACCUCGCUUUGUAACAACCAUCAUGGAUGUUAUUGCUACUUAACAGUUCUAUUUGGGUUUCUGAUGUUUGUUUGAUUUUACAAACUUCUGUUUUAACGUCUAGAUCUCACUAGGUUGGACUUGGUAUAUCACGCAUUAAGAUAAUCUAUGGUAUAGAUUUGAACCAUGAAAGAGUAGCAUCCACCAUCGUUCAAAUAAUCAUACCAUUGGAUUACUUUAAUACAUGAUAUAGUAAGUUUUGUUCGGUGUAUCAUGGCAGUGUUCUUUGUUUCUAUGACCUAUAGAAAAGGCAACAUUGUUACUUUUUGUACAAGUUGUUGCUUGGUAAUUGAAGGUAUUUUUCUUAAUCCUCUCGUUGUAUCAUAACAAAUGUAAGAUGAUCGUACAUAAUAACAUGAUAAUUUAUUUUCUUUUUGAA